AUGAAAGUUAUACUAUGUCACACAUCAAAUUUUAUUAAAAAAAUUAUUGACAAAGUAAGAUAUUUGAGACAAAGAGCCAGUGAAGGUCAUGAAGAAGACCAAUUAGUGAUAGCCGAAGUUUUAAAUGAG